CCGCCAUUCCGUAGUCCCGCGAGAGCCAUCCAAUCAGCGCUGCGUGAAAAAUGCUUUGUUGUUUAUGCCUCAGGCGCCAAGGCAUGUGCCGCACAACAGUGCCUGACAGACGCUGGAGAGCCCCUCCUCUUCAAAAAAGCUUUCAAGGCACUUUUCCUGCUCUGGCCGCUCACUAGUCAGUUCUACUGCACGCAGGUGUCUGCCUUCUGCAUUCUGUUUCGAUACAGUUGUGGUGGUUCGUCUGUUGCCCACAGUAGACACCGCUGCAAAGUUUUUCUUUCCCUAGCAUCUCUUUGUGUGCUUGUUCUACUUCAUAUCGUUCUAUUGCACACCUCUCUUGCUCCAGGACAGGUUCACUAAAUCAAGCCUCGAGUCAAAAUGUCUGACAAGCUCACGAGAAUUGCUAUUGUCAAUAGUGACAAGGUAGGUUGAUUGACGUCGAUGGCAUUUCUUCUGCUACAGUCGUGCGAUGCUUGCUAACAUGAGACUGCUCGACAUUAGUGCAAACCAAAGGUGCGCAUUAACCUCGCAUUGGACAUGGCAGGAUGAUACUCAUGUAUGCAGAAAUGUCGUCAAGAAUGCAAGAAGUCUUGCCCUGUCGUUCGCACAGGCAAGCUCUGUAUCGAGGUCACCCCAAACUCCAAGAUAGCCUUCAUAUCCGAAAGUCUUUGCAUCGGUUGUGGUAUCUGUCCUAAGAAAUGCCCUUUUGGCGCCAUCCACAUCAUCAACCUGCCUACCAAUUUGGAGACUGAGGUUACACACCGUUACUCAGCCAACAGCUUCAAACUUCACCGGUUACCUAUGCCCCGUCCUGGACAGGUCCUGGGUCUUGUUGGAACCAACGGUAUUGGCAAGAGUACUGCGUUGAAAAUCCUCAGUGGAAAGCUGAAGCCUAAUCUCGGCCGAUAUGACAACCCACCUGACUGGGAGGAAAUUUUGAGAUACUUCCGUGGUUCCGAGUUGCAGAACUACUUCACGAAAGUCCUGGAAGACAACCUGAAGGCUGUUGUCAAGCCUCAAUAUGUUGACCAGAUUCCUAAGGCCGUGAAAGGCAAUGUGAGGAAAGUUGGCGAUCUCGUUAAAGCUCGAGCUCAGAUGGAUAACUUGGAGCACAUUAUGGACGUUCUCGAACUCAGGCGGGUUGCUGACCGCGACCUUGAUUUUCUUUCUGGAGGAGAACUCCAGCGAUUCGCGAUCGGUCUGGUCUGCGUUCAAAAAGCUGAUGUUUACAUGUUCGAUGAACCAUCUUCCUACCUCGAUGUUAAGCAGCGUUUGGCUGCCGCCCGUACGAUUCGGGAACUUUUGCGCCCCGAUGAUUAUGUUAUUGUUGUUGAGCACGAUUUGUCUGUGCUUGACUACCUUUCUGAUUUCAUCUGUGUGCUCUAUGGCAAGCCUGCGGUUUAUGGUGUGGUCACGCUUCCCUCUUCGGUUCGCGAAGGCAUAAAUAUCUUCCUGGAUGGCCACAUCCCGACGGAGAACCUGCGCUUUAGAGAGGAGUCUCUUACUUUCCGUCUCGCCGAAGCUGGAGAUGAUUUGAUCGCCGAUAAGGCGCGCGCCUUCAGUUACCCGAGUAUGGAAAAAACACUUGGCAACUUCCAUCUCAGCAUUGAUUCCGGACAGUUCACUGAUUCUGAAAUCAUCGUUAUGAUGGGUGAGAAUGGAACUGGCAAGACCACUUUCUGUAGGAUGCUUGCUGGUGCCGAGAAGCCCGAUGGGAGCAUCUCCGUUCCCCGCAUGAAUAUCAGUAUGAAGCCUCAGAAGAUCACUCCCAAGUUCCAGGGUACUGUGCGUCAGCUGUUCUUCAAGCGUAUUAAGGCUGCUUUCUUGUCGCCCCAGUUCCAGACCGAUGUCUACAAGCCCCUCAAGAUCGAUGACUUCAUCGACCAGGAAGUUCAGAACCUGUCUGGUGGUGAAUUACAACGUGUUGCUAUCGUCCUGGCGCUUGGCAUUCCAGCUGAUAUUUACUUGAUUGACGAGCCCAGUGCUUACCUUGACUCUGAACAGCGUAUUGUGGCUGCUCGGGUCAUCAAACGUUUCAUCAUGCACGCUAAGAAGACUGCCUUUAUUGUCGAGCACGAUUUCAUCAUGGCUACCUACCUUGCGGAUCGGGUGAUUGUGUUCGGUGGCAAACCAUCUGUAGAUGCACAUGCCAAUUCCCCCGAGUCUCUUCUUACCGGUUGCAACAGAUUCCUCAAGAGCUUGGAUGUAACUUUCCGUCGUGACCCGAACAGCUAUCGCCCUCGUAUCAAUAAGUACCAGAGCCAGAUGGAUAAGGAACAGAAGCUCAGUGGAAACUACUACUUCUUGGAAGAAGAAAACUGAAGAGGGCGUCCCUCACAAGCACCGCCGCUAUCAUCACAGGCGUGAUGGCCGCGACUCUGACCAACGACGAAACCGGCGUCGAGGCAGGGGGAAGGUCGUUUGGGUGAGAGACUCUCCUAGCGUCCGCAGGGCUAGGAGGCACGGUAGUGGCGUCUGCCUUCUUGAAGAUGAGGGUAAUGCUUCAGAUGACGAUGAUGAUGACAAUCAUCCCGAUCAAGGCCAGUGGUUUUUGACCUGGCCCAAAUCAACGUUGCUUUGCAUCUUGAAGUUGUCGGCCAUCUAUCGUCGUAUCUCUUGACACGCCAACUGUGCCUUUGUUGGCUAAGUUCUCUCCACUCAGACUCAAUCGCCUGUGAGAUUUCGGGCGCGGCAUUACAUUACAUUAUAUCGUAGGGUAAUCGAGGCUUAACUCGGUCAUCUUUUCAGCCGGUUCCUGCUGCUCACCGGAGUUUGCAAUUUGUUUCGAUGCAGAAGAGAUAUCGACGACGUUACGACAUAGAUGAGUUAGGUAGGUCUUCUGACUGCAUAUGAGUGCUAUCUGCUAUAAAUUGUUGAAAAGUGUCUUUGAAUUUGUUAUUUCCAACCUGCGUCCGUAUGUAACAUUGUAAUGCAUUUCUCAAUGGCUUAUUUGAUUCCAUGAAAUUAAUAACUCCAUAGCCC